AUGUCUGCCGGUUCCUUAACCAUCCUUGCCGAUUAUGAAGACGAUGAUACUGAUGCAGAGGAUACUGCAAACCCAGAAAGUAAGGCAUAUGGCAGUCACUUAAGAGGAACAUUUACAGUGUCACAAGAUGGAAGAUGUCCUCGCUGUAAAACUGACAGUGUUUUAUUUGUCAUUCUUGAUGAGUUGUUUCCCACGGGAGAUAUGCCAGAGAUCCUCUAUACCUUGAUAGCUAAAGGCAAAGCUGUUCUGUGGUCCAGCCAAGACAAGAAAGGGUGUAAGGCUCCGCCCACCUUUCUUUGCCGAGGAUUUUGCCCCCCAGAUCCUUUAGGUGCAGGCUUCAAUAUAGACUGGUCCAGGAACUCUCUAAAAGACAUCUUUUUUUCUGCAAAAACAAUAGACACAAUGGAUGCUGCUUCUGAAGAUCAUAUCAGCUCACAACCAGGAAUAUACAAUGAAAUUGAUGAAAGUGAGAACAAAGAGGAAGAUGUACAAGAAACAGCCGAAGUCUCCAAUAAUGAGGACAAUGAAAAUGAUGAUGAUAAUGAAGAGGAAGAAGAAGAUGAUGAUGAUGAAAUUGAUGAAGAUGAACUGAUAAAGCAAAUGUUAGCAAAAGAAGCAAUGAAAACCCAAGAAGAUAUAAAGGCUGAUUCAAUUCAGCCCAGUGUCUCUAGUGAAAUUACAGAAGCUGAAAACUCUGAGCAAACUUCAUCGGAAACAAAAACUAUUUAUUACGCUCCAUCUUCUACCAAUACCACGGCUAAUAAUGAUGAUGACAAUGAUGAUUCAGUGCCUAUUAUUCACAGCUGUCAAUCAUCAUCAGACACAAACAAAAAUCAACAGUACCCGGUUUCGAGUGAUGGUACCUGCCCCUUCUGUACUUCUAAAAAUGUUCAAUAUAUCAUCGUCUGUUCUUCGGACCUGCAGGAUAAAGACUUGCCAUAUACACUCCGAGAACUACUAAAGAGAGAUCAAGCUUUCAAGAUGGCAAAAGGUGCGAACGACCCACCAUCAUUUCUUUGUCAAAACUGUCAGUAUGGCUUCAACCUAGACUGGUCUAUUACUAACCUAGAGCUGAUAUUUGGCAUCCCAAAGAAACCAUCCAAGAAGCAGGCAGCUACUGCUUAUGGGGUCACAUCUCAAAUGGGGUAUCCACCUCCAAGGGUACCUCCUAUGGUACCUCUAGCUAAUGUACCUCCUCCAUCUUUACCUCCCAGAGGGUUCCCUCCACCCUAUCCAGGGAUUCCCCCACCAGCAGUACCACCACCAGGACUGGCACCACCUGGAACAUUCCCACAGCCGCCCCCAAGGAUACCCCCACCAAGGGUUCCGCCUCCAUAUUUACAUGUUCCUCCAAGGCUCACACCACCACCUGCAUACCCUCCAAGAGUCCCUCCACCAGGACAUGUUCCUCCAGGGAUGCCACCACCACCUGGACAAGCUUCACCACGGCUACCACCACAUGUUUCUCCAAGGCUUCCACCAACCCCACCUGGACAAGCUUCUCCAAGAUAUCCAAUUCCUGGCUCAUCACCUCAUAUGCCAAGAGCACCACCCAUACUACCUAGGGUUCCUCCUCCUGCUGGGCAGUACCCUAGGGUGCCUCCUAGGCACCCACCACCUAUAGACUAUCAGUAUGGCUAUCAGCAACAGUUCAGACCUCCUGCUGGCUACCCACCAGUACAAGCUGGAUACCAAGGGUACCCUGGAUAUGGCCAUACCAACCCAUACUACCCAAUGCAAGGACCACCCAUGCCGCCACCACCUGGGCAGUUUCCAUAUCAACAACCCCCAUACUAUCAGCCGGCUGCUGGGUACCCUCCCAUGCAGCCACCUGGGUACCACCAACCUCCAGCCCCUGGAACGCAAUACUGCCCACCAACCCGACCGCCAACAUCACAUCCAUCAUCCUACCACAGAACACAUUAUACGACAUACCCAGGACACACAUCAAAGUCAGAACCACAGACAGUAACAGCAAAGGAGAAGGAACAUGAGGACAAAGAGAUAGAUCAAGUUGUGGAUGAUCAGCAGUCAUUAGAAGAUUCGCACAGAUUUGAAGAACUGUUGAACCAGAUUGACCAUAGUCGUGGUGUCACUUCAUCUGAAGGAAGCGGUCUAGAUGUGGAUUUGAGUCAGAAUGAACCCAACUCGAUCAGUGAGGAGCAGGGUGAUGCUGAUUAUGAUGAACGACCACCUGGAGAUGAUUAUGAUGAUACCACACCUGAGUUUGAGACUGUGCCUUCUGCCACAAAGAAAUGGAAAUCCAAAGUGGAAAGUGAGGAUCCUAUAACUAACCUAGAGCCUUCAGGUGAUGCUAUGGAAACAACUACCAUGAAGACCCAAGUAACAAGCUGCAACAUCACAGAACCUAUUGACUCUGAAGAACAAGAUACCACUGUACCAUAUCAGAACCAGGCUGAAGAGUCAGAAGAAGCCAUGGAGAUGACUGAUGAGUCUGCUGCCAAGGAUACCGAUGUCAAGGAGACAGUUGCCAAGAAGAUUGUAGUGAAAAGGACACCCAAAGGAAGACGAGGACGUAAGAGGAAGGCUGCAGAAAAACCACAGGAAGAGAGUGUUACUAAGCAACCGAAAGUCACAGAUGAUAGUUCGCAGGAAGAUAGUGAAGAAGUGAAGCUAGAUGCUGUUUGUGAGGAACAAAAACUGAUGGAGAAGAGUGCCAAAGAUGAAAAUGAAGAAUCACUGCCUGAAGAGGAAUCAAAGCCAAAUGCCAGAAGAGGAAAGAGGAAGAGAGCUACUAAGCAAUCCAAGCCAGCCACCAAAGACGAAGUGUCUGAAUCAAAAGAAAUAAGAGAAGAAAGGAAAGACACAGAAGAGAAUGUUACUAAGCACCCAAAAGUCACCAAUGAGAGUUCACAAGAAGAAACUGAAGAAGUAAAGCUAGAUAGUGUCGAUGCUGUUGGCGAGGAACAAAAGCUGAUAGAAGACAGUGCCAAAGAUGAAAAUGAAGAACCACUGCCAGAAGAGGAAUCCAAACCAAAUGCCAGAAGAGGAAAGAGGAAGAGAGCUACUAAGCAAUCCAAGCCAGCCACCAAAGACAAAGUGUCUGAAUCAAAAGAAAUAAGAGAAGAAAGGAAAGACACAGUCUCUUCUGAAAUUUCCAGCACAGAACCUUCAGAAGAUGAGCAACCAUCUAAACGAGAAGUAGGUGUAAAAACUGUGAAAAGCAAAGCAAGAAGGUCCAGAAACGUUGAGGAUGAGACUGAAGAAUUGGCUCAGUCUUCAAGUGUAGAGACCGAGGUUCCUUCUCCUACUCCCACCAGACAGCGACGAGGAAGGUCACAAGGCAGAUUAUCUGACAAGGACACUGGAACCAUGACUGUAACUGAUGAGAAAGCAGAUUCUGUGUCUGCCAUUACUUUUACCAGACAACGAAGGGGGAGACCACAGAAGGAUGUUGAUGAAAAGGAAAGUGAACCCAAUAUGGAAACAGCUGAGUUCCCUCAAACAAAUCCAGAGACACCCAGAAACGAAGACCCAAAGUCUGGCUCCUCUGCUACUAGAAGAGGAAGAGGGCAAGCACAGCAAGGUAACAAAGCUGAAGCAGUCGUUACAAACCAAACUGAUGAGGUGACCUCAGUGAAAACUGAUGACACUACUGUCACUACUGGUUUAAAUACUACACCAGAUGAGUCCCAACAGCACAAAAUGGAAGUGAAAGAUGGUAUCGAAAAGAAGAAAGACAACAGUGAUACAGAAUCUACUGAUUGUAAACAGCCAGAUGUGGAGACACCUUCUGAAAUUACAGCUCCUGUCAGGAGAAGAAGUGGACGAUCACUGAGGGGAUCUUCCAAGAAGGAUGACACUACUGUACCAGAACCUACUGAUUCUAAACAGCCAGAUGUGGAGACACCUUCUGAAAUUACAGUUCCUGUAGGGAGAAGAAGUGGACGAUCACUGAGGGUAUCAUCAAAAGAAGAUGACACUACUGUACCAGAACCUACUGAUUCACAGCAGUCAGAUGUAGAGACACCUGCAGCAAGUAUGGCUCCUGUAGGGAGUAGAAAGGGACGAUCACUAAGGGGAUCUUCCAAGAUGGAUGACACUGAUUCACAACAGUCAGAUGAAGUAGAGGAACCUAUAGGACACAUGGCUGCUACCAGAAGAAGGAGCGGGAAAUCAACAAGAGGAUCUUUCAAGAAGGCUGACACUUCAGUGACUCCAGAAGCUGUGUCUCAAGCACUGGCAACCACACCACUUGAUGAAAGUGCAUCUCCUGAUGUAGAUCAUCAUUCUAAGCCUUCCACUUCAAACAAAGGAAGAAGGAAAGGGAAUAAACAGAAACAACCUGAUCAUGACAGUAGCUCUCCACAAGUUGAAGAACAGAGCUCUGAAGAAGACGUUGUUACCACAAAGCCUACAAGAAAAAGACAGUCUUCCAACAUGAGCAAAGAUGUUGAUUCUGAUAGCACUCCACCAGUUGAAGAACAGAGCAAACACGAAGAGAUAAUAGUUGGCAGCAAAAGGACUGUUAAGAACAAAGGCAAAACAAUACGGAAGGGAACCACGCUGAAAAACGAUCACACUGGAGACACUUCAGCUGAUGUAGAAACGUCUGAUCAGGAAAAAUCAAAUGCUUUAAGCACAAAACGCCUUCAUAAAACAUCACUAAACAAGGAUGAAUCAAUGAACACCUCCGUUACAGAUGAUGAAGCAGCAGUAUCAGAUAACAUAGAAUCACCUGCUAGGCCUCCUCAUGAACCCAAAAUAACUCCAGCAAAGACAUCUCGACGUGUACUUAGAAAAAGAAAUUAGGCAGCAUUAUUGAAUCAUUUUCAUACAGGACAAAAAUCAUAAAUGUGCUCAAUUUAA